CCCAAUAAACGUAAUAGCUCAGUAAAAACUGUAUCCUUUGGUGAGUAAGAGCCUCGGCGUCAGGCAGACCAGCUGUACCACUUACAGCUAUGUGAUCCGGGCAAGGCGCUCAGAAUCCUCCCAGGUAAAAAGCGGAUUGCGUCGUCCACCUCAGGGCAACUGUAAGAACUGAGUAGGGCAAUGCUUAGCUUGUUGUUAUUACUCAAUGAAUGGGUUUUUUAAAUGCAGACUCAGCUUCUGGACAAAUCCCCUAGGACCCCUUCCCUCGACCAGACCGGGAAUCAGAGGUCGCCCGGGUGAGGCCCUUGGGAACCGGAAGCAGCCAGGUGGGGCCCCUCAGCGCACACCCUCCCCCCGCCCCACUCCCGCAGCUGCCGGCACCAUGGAGAUCGUGUACGUGUACGUCAAGAAGCGAAGCGAGUUUGGGAAGCAAUGCAGCUUCUCCGACCGUCAAGCGGAGCUGAACAUCGACAUCCCGCCCAACCCCGCGCUGGCUGAGCUGUUCAUGGAGCGGAACCCCGUGGACACCGGCGUCCAGUGCUCCACCAGCAUGUCGGAACACGAGGCCAACACCGAGCGGUUCGAGAUGGAGACCCGGGGGGUCAACCACGUCGAGGGGGGCUGGCCCAAGGAUAUAAACCCCCUGGAGCUGGAGCAGACGAUCCGCUUCCGGAAGAAGGUGGAGAAGGAUGAGAACUAUGUCAAUGCCGUCAUGCAGCUGGGCUCGAUCAUGGAGCACUGCAUCAAGCAGAAUAAUGCCAUCGAUAUCUACCAGGAGUAUUUUGAUGACGAGGACACAGUGGAAGUGACAGAAGAGGCCCCUUCAGCUAAAACCAUCAAUGUUUUCAGGGAUCCCCAGGAAAUAAAGCGGUCAGCCACACACCUCUCCUGGCACCCUGAUGGCAACAAAAAGUUGGCGGUGGCAUAUUCUUGCUUGAAUUUCCAACGGGCACCUGAAGGCAUGAGCCAUGAUUCGUACAUCUGGGACCUGGAAAACCCUAACAAGCCUGAGACUGUCCUGAAGCCAUCUUCUCCGCUCGUCACCUUGGAGUACAACCCCAAAGAUUCUCACGUGCUCCUAGGAGGCUGUUACAAUGGGCAGAUCGCCUGUUGGGACACCCGCAAAGGCAGCCUGGUGGCAGAGCUGUCCACCAUCGAGUUCAGUCACCGAGACCCUGUGUACGGCACCAUCUGGCUGCAGUCGAAGACGGGCACUGAGUGCUUCUCGGCGUCCACGGAUGGCCAGGUCAUGUGGUGGGAUAUCCGGAAGCUGAGCGAGCCCACCGAGGUGGUGGUCAUGGACAUCACCAGAAAGGAGCAGUUGGAAAAUGCCCUGGGGGCCAUCUCCCUGGAGUUCGAGUCUACUUUGCCAACCAAGUUCAUGGUGGGCACUGAGGAAGGCAUCGUCAUCUCCUGCAACCGCAAGGCCAAAACGCCGGCCGAGAAGAUCGUGUGCACCUUCUCCGGCCACCACGGCCCCAUCUACGCUCUGCAGAGAAACCCGUUCUACCCGAAGAACUUCCUGACCGUCGGCGACUGGACCGCCCGCAUCUGGUCGGAGGAGAGCCGCGAGUCGUCCAUCAUGUGGACCAAGUACCACAUGGCCUACCUCACUGACGGCGCCUGGAGCCCAGUAAGGCCUGCAGUUUUCUUCACCACCAAGAUGGACGGGACCUUGGACAUCUGGGACUUUGUGUUCAAGCAGUGUGACCCCGCCCUCAGCUUGAAGGUGUGUGAUGAGGCCCUCUUCUGCCUCCGGGUGCAGGACAGUGGGUGUUUCAUCGCCUGUGGCUCCCAGCUGGGCACAACCACACUGCUGGAGGUCUCCCACGGCCUGUGCACCCUCCAGAGGAAUGAGAAGAACAUAGCUUCUUCCAUAUUUGAGCGUGAGACCCGGCGGGAGAAGAUUCUGGAGGCCAAGCACCGGGAGAUGCGCCUGAAGGAGAAAGGCAGGACGGAGGGCAAGGAUGAUGAGCUGAAGGAGGAGGAGCCCGCUGUGGACCUGGAGGGGCUGGUCAGAAAGGCCGAGGAGGACUUCUUCAACGUCAUCUUCUCGGAGCUGAAGAAGAAGGAGACGGCGGCCAUGAAGAAGUCCAAGCUCAAACAACGAAAGCUGGAGACAGAUGAAAACGUGGAGGAGGAAGAAGAGGCGGAAGAAGAAGGGGGUGCUGAGGAGACCCCGGCCUAGAGGGCCCGCCCGGCAGCAGCCCCCUCCCACGUGCGCCUUCAUCUCCCACCUCUUGGCACGGCCCUGGUUUUACAAGUGCGGGGCUGAGCUCCUCUCUUAAGGUGUCACUAGGGGGGACCCAGCCUCCAUGACCCACAAAUUGCAGGCCCACCUUGACUCACUGAGCCCAGCGCUCCCGAGCGACCACUCGGAGAGAGAAAAGGGACAGGGCUUUCCUCUGAGCUGGGUGGCCCGUCUCAGCCACCUCGGCCACCUCCACCUCAGGUCCCACACAGCCUGGCCCUGCAUGUCCCCUUCGAUUCCGCUUCUCAAGGGCUUUCCCACUGUCCUUUGCCUUCGCGAGCCUGCAGAGCCUCACUGCAGGGCUUGCCGCAGCCACGGCGGGGCCCUGGGCAGAGCUGGCGGGGGACGAGGGGGUCACUCCUCCCUUCCUGACCCUCCCCGACCACAUACGACCCAGGAACAGAAAGCCCGUCCACUCCGAGAUGUCUUCCCAGGCAACUCCUCCAGGCACACGUACCUCCGAGAGGGUGAGAGUAGAUCAGGGACUCGAGCUUGGUUAUCCUUGUGCCCCGCAAGCUUCCUGUUGUCCGAAUCCUUGUAAAAUUAAAUGAAUAACAA